AGUAUUAUAUAUUUUUUUUAUAAAUAAAAAAACGAAAGCCCAAUAUCUUCCAACUCUUUCUCAGCACAAAAAGAAGCAGAAAACAAACAGAGUUCCCACAAACAACUAUUCUGUACGAAAUACUUCGUAUAUUAUUAAUGGAAGACUAAUCUUUGAACUCAUCUUGCUUUGACUAAGAUCAAUCAAUGGCGAUGAACUCAUGGAAGCAGAAAGAAUUUGGAUUCAUCAUAAUUUAUGCAAUUUGUUUCUACAUCUUCAUCAUCAACCGCUCUCUUAAAAUUUCCCACGAUCACUAUCAACAGCUUUGGGGUCUUCGACCUGGAUGGCUUGCGAAUCGACUCAAUGAUGUUUCGGAUGGCCAAUGGAGAAACUUCCGUGGAAACAUUCCAAUUCUUUCGGCUGUUUUUGGUGCGUUCACCGUUUUAGCCACAAGUUUGCAGAAAACCUGCCAGCUAAGAGCUAAUGGGAUGUCUAUAGUCUGGCUUAUGGUAUCUUUGAUUUACUUAAUUUAUCUACAUGGAGCUUGUGUCCUUUUCAUCCUGUCAAUCGCUUCACUCAAUUUUCUUCUUGUCAAGAUUUUUGCUAGGACAAAGUACUUCCCGUAUGUUUUGUGGACCUUCAAUGUGUUUUUCCUAAUUUGUAAUCGUGUUUAUGAAGGAUAUUCUUUCUCCAUCUUGGGGCGUCAGUGGGCAUAUUUGGACAAUUUCCGGGGUACAUUCAGGUGGCACAUUUGCUUUAACUUUGUUGCACUGCGCAUGAUAAGCUUUGGAUGUGAUUACCACUGGGCACAAAAAGAUUCUCGCUUUGAUCAAGAGAAGCAUAUUCAGCGAUGCUCAAUUUGUAAAUCAGGAAGAACAUGCUACUUAUCCUUACAGGAGAGGAGCUUAGAGGAGGACAAAUACUCAUACAUCAUAUACUUGUGUUACUUGUUAUAUGCUCCACUUUAUAUUGCUGGACCUAUAAUUAGUUUCAAUGCAUUUGCGUCACAGAUAGAUCGGCCGCAGAAUACAUAUUUGCCCAAAGAUGUGGCUCUUUAUGGGUUAACAUGGGCCUUUUCUCUUUGUCUUGUUGAGCUAAUAACCCAUUUCUUUUAUUACAACGCCUUUGCUACAAGUGGCUUGUGGAAACAGCUAUCAGCUUUGGAUGUCUUUAUCAUCGGGUAUGGGGUCCUAAAUUUCAUGUGGUUGAAGUUUCUUCUCAUUUGGCGGUUCUUCCGAUUUUGGUCAUUGCUUAAUGGCAUUGAAGCUCCUGAAAAUAUGCCUAAAUGCAUCAACAAUUGCCACAAUUUGGAGAGUUUUUGGAAAAGUUGGCAUGCAUCCUUCAACAAGUGGCUUGUGAGGUACCUUUACAUCCCUCUGGGUGGCGCACAAACAAAGUUGCUAAAUGUGUGGGUUAUAUUCACCUUUGUUGCUAUCUGGCAUGAUUUGGAAUGGAAGCUUCUAUCUUGGGCAUGGCUGACAUGUAUCUUCUUCAUCCCAGAAAUAUUAUUGAAAUCAGCAGCGAAGGCUUUUAAGGUGGAGAGUACUUUCUGGAAGUUUUUCUUUGAGGAACUGAGUGCAAUUUCUGGGGCUGUAACAAUUACUUGUCUCAUGAUUGCUAACCUUGUCGGCUUUGUUGUUGGGCCGUCAGGAAUCAAUUUCUUGAUUUCUGGUUUCCUUCAUAAAGAAGGACUUCCUGUACUCGCUGGCAUAUUUUUCACCUUCUAUCUAGGAACAAAGCUUAUGUUUCAUAUUCGUGAUGCCAGACAAAAAUCAUCUUGAGUUGACAAUGGAAAUACUAUUACUGAUUUGGCUGUAAAUGAUUCUGUGGGGACUUCUGACAUGAAUACAUUCGCUUGAGCGAUCAUAUCAGUUGAGCUUCAGAUACCGUAUCAUAUGCUGGACUGCUUGAGGCUUGAAAGCUGUGACAUUAUGGUCUUGAAUCUCAAGACAUUAAGAAGGAAAUAUUUUUGCAGCAUUGCAAGUCAAUAUUCGAUGUGUAGGCGACUUCUGGUGAGAAGACAUUUAUUCUAAAGAUUUUCGCAAGGAAAUUUUGUGUACAAUCGGUAGAGCUGGCACCAUGUUUCACGUCAGCCUGAUUGAUCCAAACUUUAUGAAUCUCUGUAAAAUUCAGUGGUUUGUAUUGUAAACAUGCAGAUUAAAACCCUUCUAAGAUUAUCUAUUUCAAAUGAAGUGAACUACACAAGCAAUUAAGAGUCAAUUUUUCAGUUGAUA